CCUCUGUGGAAAUUGGAAUCAUACACUUUGAGCAAACAGGGUUUUAAAGUGAAGAGGGGGAGAGUGUUUGUGAUGAGGAAGGGUUCAAAGAGCAAUUGCAAGUCGGUUUCGCAUAAGCUGUUCAAGGACAAAGCCAAGAACCGUGUGGAUGACUUGCAGGGCAUGUUCAUGGAUCUCCAAUUUGCCAGGAAGGAGAGCCGCACUAUCGAUGCCACACUUCUCGAAGAGCAAGUCCAUCAGAUGCUCCGCGAGUGGAAAUCCGAGCUGAAUGAGACGUCCCCAGCUUCUUCUUUUCAGCAAGGCGGUAGUGUUGGUUCGUUCUCUUCAGACAUUUGUCGGCUGUUGCAGCUCUGUGAGGAGGAAGAUGAUGCCAGUAGUCCAUUAGCUGCACCAAAACCUGAGCCUAACGACCAGAAAUUGGACACUGGAGAGAGUUUGGUCUUUCAAGAGGGAUUCAGUGUGAAUCAUGGGCAACAGGAACACAGCUUUCCAAUGGCUGAUCAAUGCAAGAGCUCCCUUCUAGGAGUUCGCAGUGCCGGUGUUAACAAUUUGCAAGGGGUUAAUCAAUUGGACUAUCAUCAGCUUGACCUGCGUCAAAGCUUUGAUCACAACUACUACACUUGUUUUAAUGGUACAGCUUUGAGUGUGGAGGAUGAUUUGUCUCAUGCCACUAGUUAUCUACCAAGUAUAUGCCCUCCACCUUCGGCUUUCUUAGGCCCAAAGUGCGCACUUUGGGAUUGUCCUAGGCCUGCUCAAGGGUUGGACUGGUGUCAAGAUUACUGUAGUAGCUUUCAUGCUGCUUUAGCGUUGAAUGAAGGACCACCUGGUAUGGCUCCAGUCCUACGACCUGGGGGCAUUGGCCUUAAGGAUGGUCUACUCUUUGCUGCUCUUAGUGCGAAGGCACAAGGAAAAGAUGUUGGAAUCCCUGAGUGUGAGGGUGCUGCUACUGCAAAGUCUCCAUGGAAUGCACCUGAACUCUUUGAUCUUUAUGUUCUUGAGGGAGAGAUGCUUCGGGAAUGGCUCUUUUUUGACAAGCCUCGAAGAGCAUUUGAGAGCGGUAACAGAAAGCAGAGGUCGUUGCCAGAUUACAACGGACGAGGUUGGCAUGAGUCAAGGAAGCAAGUGAUGAAUGAAUUUGGAGGGCUGAAGAGAUCCUACUAUAUGGAUCCGCAACCACUGAACCUUUUUGAGUGGCACCUUUAUGAAUAUGAGAUCAGCAAGUGUGAUGCUUGUGCCCUCUACAGAUUGGAACUGAAACUUGUUGAUGGGAAGAAAAGUUCCAAGGGAAAACUAAGCAAUGAUUCAGUUGCUGAUCUCCAGAAGCAAAUGGGAAGGCUUUCUGCUGAGUUCCCCUCUGAUAACAAGCGCAAUGUGAAGGGCAGGGCCAAAGUGAAUGCAAAGGUUGGUGUUGGAACCGUCUAUUACACUCCAUCUCAAGGGACAGCAACAAAUGGGACAUCAACAAAUGGGACAUUUGACUAUGGAACAGGUCCGCCAUAUGAUUAUGUUGUUGACAAUCUAAGUGGGUAUUACCUAACAUGACGCAAAAGUCUGAAAGAGAUUGAUGGGCGUGAAUAAGCAUGCCCUUAGGUUUUAGUUUAUUACGCAGUGGGGGUUUCAUGCAUUUUCUACUACACUUAUUUGGUCAUCCAUUUCUUCUAUUCCGAAGUCAAGCUCAUUUUUGGCUCUAUGGAGAUACUGUGAAUAGCUUCCUCACAUGGUAUGCCACAGUAGAUCAUAUUCUAACUUAUUGUCAGCAAAUUUCUGUAACUAAUAUUGAUAUGACGUCGACUGGAAUGGGAUGCAGUGUGCCCUUAGACAAGAGUGCAUUCUGCAAUAUGAACUUUCUACAUCUAUAAAAAUGCACAUUUCAUUGGAGUUUUAAGAUCUUCACACCUGUUAAUGCUGAUAUUACGAUCCAUGAUGCAGCUACUGCCCCCUGCAUUUGCAUUCUGAUGGUGUCUGCUUGUUAUUAUUUGU